ACACACUGCUGCGUUGUUCAUACACACACACACCAGUUACACACACAAUCUACAACCUAUUUACACACACUGUUCUCUGCAGGACUUAGUCCUUGUCUGAGUGUGUUUGGUCAGUGUGGAGCUUUCCCCUUGGUUGGAUCUUCCCCUCAUCAUCGUCAGCAUGAUUAUCAGCAUCGCUCUGAUCUGGGCUGUCCUGGUGGGCUUCUGCUGCCUGCUGUGGCUUGCUGUGGGAACACGCCACAGGCAGCCAGGUGAGCCUGCCGUGGAGAGCGGUUUCAUCCCGUACCUGGGGUGUGCUUUGCAGUUCGGGGCCAACCCUCUCCAGUUCCUCCGCAGCCGCCAGAACAAAUAUGGACACAUCUUUACCUGCAAGAUCGCCGGCCAGUACAUCCACUUCCUGUGUGACCCGUUCUCCUACCACUCGGUCAUCAGACAGGGCAGACACCUGGACUGGAGGAAGUUUCACUUCGCCACCUCUGUCAAGGCGUUCGGCCAUGACAGCUUCGACCCUCGACACGGUCACACCACGGAGAACCUCCACCAGACUUUCCUGAAGACCCUGCAGGGGGAGGCUCUGCCCUCCCUCAUAGAGUCCAUGAUGGGCCACUUGCAGGACGUCAUGCUGAAGUCAGACACACUCAGCCCCAGCAAGGACACCUGGGAGGUGGACGGCAUCUUUGCCUUCUGCUACAAGGUGAUGUUUGAGUCUGGAUAUCUUACCCUGUUCGGUAAAGAGUUUGGUGAUGAUAAGUGUCAGGCUCGGCAGGAGGCUCAGAAAGCUCUGGUUCUGAACGCUUCGGAGAACUUCAAAGAGUUUGAUAAGAUCUUCCCAGCGUUAGUGGCCGGUCUGCCCAUCCACGUCUUCAAGAGCGCCUACAGUGCCAGAGAGAACCUGGCAAAGACCAUGCAUGCUGAAAACCUGUCAAAGAGAGAGAACAUGUCUGACCUGAUCUCUAUGAGGAUGAUUCUCAACGAUUCUUUAUCCACCUUCAAUGAUAUAAGCAAAGCCAGGACACACGUGGCUCUGCUGUGGGCUUCACAGGCCAACACCUUGCCCGCCACCUUCUGGAGCCUCUUCUACAUGAUCAGGAGUCCAGAUGCUAUGAAAGCAGCUCGUGAGGAAGUGCAGAAAGUUCUGGAGGUUUCCGGUCAGAAGGUCGACCCCAGUAACCCUACACUGAACCUGAGCAGAGAGCAGCUGGACAACUUGCCUGUACUGGACAGCAUCAUUAAAGAAGCCAUGCGGCUCUCAAGCGCCUCCAUGAACGUACGCAUUGCCAAGGAGGACUUCCUGCUUCACCUUGACAACCAGGAAGCUUACCGUAUAAGGAAAGAUGAUGUGAUAGCCCUGUAUCCUCCCAUGCUGCACUUUGACCCGGAGAUCUACGAAGAUCCAUAUGAGUACAAGUUUGACCGUUUCCUGGACGAGAAGGGUCAGGAGAAGACCACCUUCUACCGCGGCGGGCGCCGCCUGCGCUACUUCUACAUGCCGUUCGGCUCAGGGGUCACCAAAUGUCCGGGCAGGUUCUUCGCAGUGCACGAGAUCAAACAGUUCCUGACUCUGGUGCUUAGUUAUUUCGAGAUGGAGCUGUUGGACCCAGCCACCAAAGUCCCUCCUCUGGACCAGAGCCGAGCCGGUCUGGGGAUCCUGCAGCCCACAUAUGAUGUUGACUUCAGGUACAAGCUGAAAGCCAACCAUUAGACUGUGUCAGAGACUGAAGGACAAACUGUACAAAGUGUAUUUUUUGAAGAUAAUGUAAAUAGACAAAAUAAUGUAUAUUUGUUGUACUAAUUUGUUAUUGCUGAAGAACAUGUUUUCUGCAUGCGUGCAUAAUGUGAAUUUUUAAGUUUUUGAAUGUUUAGCCCAUUUACUUUGGAUUCUGUAGAUUUACAGUCAUGAAAACUAUAAAUCUAAAUGUAUAACUGCAAACAGACACCUACAGUCAACCUGCAAGAUCAGGACAAUCAGCCUCCCCACGUUGUAACCCUGCACAGACACUUAAAACAUCUAAUAUUUAUUUCACACAGAAACAGGCAUAUUUUUGGUUCAAUUCACAUCAAGAGAUGAUAGCAUUUGUCCACAUGUAUAAUUAUGUUGUACUUUAUAGAUAAAUGUAAAGUGUGGAGGCUGGAGCCUCAUAAUGAAGACCCACACUAUGUGCCAUAAUGCAGGUUCAGGACUGUAACAGAUGAUUUUGAUCACAAAAAGAAUCAGGAUAGGAUAACACUAAAAAAGGGCUGUUGCCAUACCAAAGUUACUAUUAAAAACCACACAAAUGGAAAUGAUGACAAUCAAUUUGUACUCUCUCUCUCUCCCUCUCUCUCUCUCGCUCAUGGCAGCUUUUAGUUAAAAAUAUGACUGAAGAUCAUUCUUUUUUAAUACUAUCCAUCAUUUAAACAACAGAGAUUGUAUCAUUUCAAAGCACCUGAUAUCACAGAUUCACCUGGUACUGUAUUCAAAAUGUCGACAACCUUAUUUAAAAACAGUUAUCAGUGGUGCUUCGUGUGCACGAUGGGCUGAACACACAAAAAUCAUUUCUUCACCUAAACAUGUCAAGUGUUAUUAUUGUGCUGUGAGACAUGUUGUGUUGAUUACAUGAGUUUGAAAUAAACACAAGCUGCUUGUGCCAAAGUACAGAAGAACCUGUGCAAA